AUGCUCCACAUACCUUUGCUUCAGGAGGUACAUUGGAGCCGAACUGAGAAGCGGCUGCAGCAGAAAGGUGUGCCUGCCUGCAUUGCAUUAUCCAACUAUGCUGCAGCUCUUUCUAGUUUGGCUCCAAAGUGCCUCCUGGAAACAGAUGUCAUCCAAGAGCAGCAAGUGGAACUCUUUGAUCUUCAGUGUAAUACUACACUGAAGGAUACCUUCUCAACAAAAAGCAGGAUCCCUGGUGAUGAACAUCAACAAGUUAAAAUUGCGCUGAAGACUCAGUGGCUGAAACUGGUUUUGGAACAGUCACUGCAACUAGACAUUAAGAGACAAGUUGCAGUAAAGAGGUGCCAGAGGAGAGAAUUUGAUGUGGAUAACCUGAGCAAGCCAGAACUGCGGAUGCUCCUGAGCAUAAUGGAAGGGGAGCUAGAAGCACGGGAUCUUGUAAUUGAAGCCUUGAGGGCACGCCGAAAGGAGGUUUUUAUUCAGGAACGAUAUGGGAGGUUUAAUCUCAGUGACCCAUUUCUGGCCCUGCAGAGAGAUUUUGAGGCAGGUGCUGGCGAUAAAGAAAAGAAGCCCAUCUGUACCAAUCCCCUCUCCAUUUUAGAAGCUGUCAUGGCUCACUGCAGAAAAAUGCAAGAGAGAAUGUCAGCUCAGUUGGCUGCUGCCGAAAACAGACAAAAGAAGUUGGAAAUGGAAAAGUCUCAGUUACAGAAUCUUGAGCUGGAGCACAAGAAGUUAUCUGCUCGUCUUGAAGAAGAACGUGGCAAGAAUAAGCAUGUAGUUUUGAUGCUAGUGAAAGAAUGUAAGCAGCUGUCUGGCAAAAUAGUAGAGGAAGCACAAAAACUGGAAGAAUUAAUGUCAAAAUUUGAAGAGGAAAAGAAAAAGGCUAAUGAAUUGGAGGAAUCCCUUGCAGCUGAGAAACAAAGAAGUACACAGAUGGAAGCUCAAAUGGAAAAACAGCUCUCUGAUUUUGACACAGAAAGAGAGCAAUUGCGUGCCAAACUUAACAGAGAAGAAGCACAAACCAGUGACCUCAAAGAAGAGAGAGAGAAAAUGAAAAAAAUGAUCGAACAGUUGAAAAAGGAAAAUAACGGUAAACCCAAACUUUCUCACACCCAUAGAAGUAAAGAUAGGAGUUUUGUUUCUGUAUCUGUUGAAACAGAAGGACCAACUUCUAGAACUGUUGCCUGUCAGACAGAUACAAUGCUGAUGGACCUUAGCUCUGAAAAUGUUAGGAAACUGCCUUUGACUGUACCCACAAAGCCUUCAGCAGUAAAUCCUCUGGUUUCUGGUAGCACAAAAAUGAAUGUAUGCUCCAAUGCAGCAUUUGUGAAACCAGUCAUUGAUAGGCAGUCUUCCUAUAGUGAACUGAUUGUUCCCCCCACAACUCCUGUUCUAACUCAGAGUGCAAAUAGAAUCGAGGAAAAUGGACCAAGUAGUGAUUCAUCACCCGAUUUAACAAGUAGUACUCCCCCUUUCCCAAAUAAUGCUCCUCUUUCCAUCAUGUCACCAUCAAGUAUGGCAUCUCAAAACUACUCGUUAACUUCAUCAGUGCAUGGUUUACAGUCACCAUCUGCCAACACUACUGUGCCUCCCGGUCUAAAUCCACGAAUCCAAGCAGCUAGAUUUAGAUUUCAAGCCAACGCUAAUGAUCAAGACCAAAAUGGAAACACUACUCAAAGCCCUCCAAGGGAUGUAUCCCCAACUAGUCGUGACAACUUAGUUGCCAAACAGCUAGCUCGGAAUACUGUUACCCAAGUUCUUUCAAGAUUUACAAGUCCUCAGAGUACUGCUACUCUGCGUCCUGGAAUCCAACAUUCAAUGGAAGUUGGCACCUAUCCUCCAGUUGGUAGAACAGGUUUAAAGACUCCCAAUGUAUCAAGAAUUGACAGAGGAAAUCCUCCACCUAUUCCUCCUAAAAAGCCAGGGCUUUCACAAACUCCUUCUCCACCACACCCGCAGCUUAAAGUUAUUAUGGAUAGUAGUCGACCCCCAAAUACGGGUGUAAAAAUUGACAGCAAAACCAUGGUUUCACCUCUUUCCAUUUCACACCAAGGAAUCAGGGUAAUAAAUGAGGAAAUAAUUUCUAAGUCCUCACCUCAGCUGCCACCAAAACCAACUAUAGAUAUAUCUGUGGCAUCUGCAGGCUGUGCCAUACCAGCCAUUGCCACAUCUCAGGUGGGUUCCUGGCCUUCCCAAUUCCCUGGACUGAACCAACCUGCAUGUUCAGAAAGUUCCUUUAUCAUUCCCACCACCAUUGCCUGUAGCUCCUCCAUAAACCCUGUUAGUGCUUCAUCCUGUAGACCAUGUGAUUCAGACAGCCUCCUGGUAACAGCAUCAGUCUUUUGAUCAAGGAAGAGUUCACAAAGUCUUCCAUACUAUAUACAGCAAACUUCAUGCUCUUAACAAACUCUCUUCUAAAGCUGCUAAGUGAUGAUACAUGGAACAUC